CCCUUUAAGUGCUGGAUUCAUAACAAACUCAAAAUCAAGAACAAACCAACCACUCAAGUUUUUGUGUAUACAACUUCAGAAUUCAGAAAGAUGCAUCCAAUUUCGAGAGCCAGAAGUUGUGUGAGUGAUGAAAAUGGAAUCCAGAUGAAGAAAACAGUUCUUCAUCAUCUGUUUGAGCAGCAAGGCCAGAGCCCUUACUUUGAUAAUCUUUGCCGCCCUGUUUCUGAUUUUCAUUCACUCAUCGCAGCUGGAAUUAGAGGUCUCACCACCAAUCCAUCGAUUUUUGAAAGAGCUAUUACAUCAUUUAAUGCCUACAAUACCCAGUUCAGGGAAUUGAUAGAAUCUGGGAAUAAUAUUGAAGACGCUUACUGGGAAUUAGUUGUUAAGGACAUUACAGAUGCAUGUAAAGUGUUUGAAUCACUUCAUCAUCAAUCAAACGGGGUUGAUGGGUAUGUGUCUAUUCCAGUUUCUCCGAGAUUUUCUAGGGACCCAAACAGGACAACUGAGGCAGCAAAAUGGCUAUAUAAAAAGAUCAAUUGUCCCAAUCUCUACAUAAAAAUUCCAGCAACAAUCCAAUCCAUUUCAUCCAUAACAGAGUUGAUAUCACAUGGGAUAAGCGUCAAUGUCACUCUCAUUUUCUGCCUCACAAGAUACGAAGCAGUAAUUGAUGCUUAUAUAAAAGGCCUUGAAGCUUCAACAUCGACUGAUCUGUCAAGAGUGACAAGUGCUUCUGCUUUCUACAUCAGUAGAGUAGACAGCUUCAUCGACGAAAAACUCGAGAAGAUUGGAGGCCCUAAGGCUCUUGCUCUUUGUGGCAAGGGUGCGGUUGCUCAAGCUGUGCUGGCUUAUAGGCUUUUUCAGAAGAAAUUUUCUGGGAGUAGAUGGGAGGCUCUUGAGAAAAGAGGGGCUAAGAAGCAGAAAUUGAUGUGGGCGUCGGUUAAUGUUAAAAAUCCAGUUUAUUCUGAUAUUUUAUACGUUGAUUCUCUUAUUGGACCGAACACGAUUUCAACCAUGCCCGAACAAGCUUUUCUGGCAUUCAUGGAUCAUGGUAUUGUUGCUCGAACUAUCAAUGCAAAUGUUUCAGAGGAGGCCGAAGCAAUUUAUAAUGGGGUGGAAAAGUUAGGAAUAGAUUGGGAUGGUGUCGGAUCAGAGCUUGAAAAUCAAGUGUUGGAGACUUUUAACAAGAGCUUUAAUAGCACGCUUGAGUUUUUAGAAAAGAAGGCAAAAUGUUUCUGA